CUGUUUGGUAACAAAACGAAGUUCUUUUUCCUGUGGGAAGAUAUAGAGGAUAUUCAAGUGCUUCCUCCCACUCUUGCUUCGAUGGGGAGUCCCACUGUCGUCAUGACUCUCAGACCAAAUAGAGGAACGGACGCGCGGAUAGGCGCAAAAACACAUGAUGAGGAAGGCAGGCUUAAGUUCCAUUUCCAUUCAUUUGUGUCUUUCAAUGUAGCACAAAAGACAAUAAUGGCUCUGUGGAAAGCAAAAUCCUUGACGCCAGAGCAGAAAGUGCAAGCUGUUGAAGAGGAAUCAGAGCAGAAACUCCAAAGUGAAGAGAGUGGUUCAUUCUUGGGUAUUGAUGACGUCUGAUUCUCUGAGGUCUACUCUCUGAAUCUCUCU